AAAAUGCAAGAUAAUACAAUCAGUUAGGGUAUAAAUAGGUUCAUCAGGAUAUAUACAGUACACACAGUCAAGUUUGGAACCAUGCGUGUUGCUGUCUUACUUCUGGCGGUGGUGGUGGCCGUUUCGGCCUUACCCCGGACCGAACCCCCCAGCCAAAGGAUUGUGGGAGGUUCUGUCACCACCAUCGAAAACUACCCAUUCCAAGCUGCGCUGCUGGCGUCGUGGGACUUGAGCUGGUACAGCCAGAGCUGUGGAGCCACCAUCCUGAACAACAGAUCUAUUCUCACCGCGGCUCACUGCUACUGGUAUUUCACCGCCGCCAACCGCUUCCGUGUCCGCGUCGGCUCAACCUUCGCGAACAGCGGCGGCGUCGUCCACACUGUAUCCCAGAACAUCCUCCACCCCAGCUUCAACCGCAACACCCUCGACAACGAUAUCGCUAUCGUCCGACUGGCUACCACUAUCACCUUCAACAACCAGGCUCGCGCGGGUUCCAUCGCUGGCACUAAUUACAAUGUCGCUGAUAAUCAGGCUGUUUGGGCUGUUGGAUGGGGUGCUACAUCGUUCCAAGGUCCCGCCUCGGAAACACUCCGUCACGUCCAAAUCUGGACUGUGAACCAGGCGGUCUGCGUGGCCCGCUACGCCGAGCUCCGUCAGGUCGUCACUGAUAACAUGCUUUGCUCCGGCUGGCUCGACGUCGGCGGCCGUGACCAAUGCCAGGGCGACUCCGGCGGCCCCCUCAUCCACAACGGAGUUGUCAUCGGUGUCUGCUCUUGGGGAGAGGCGUGCGCCCUUGCCAGGUAUCCUGGCGUUAACGCUAGGGUAUCCAGGUACACUGCCUGGAUUCAAGCCAACGCCUAAAUAGAAUUUCUAGAAGCUGUUGUAAAAUCUGAUUUUGAUUUUAAGGAUACCUCAAUUGAGUAAUAUAAACUUAUAUUGCCAACAA